AUGAUUGUGGAUCCAAGGGAGGGCAAAGGCAUACUGGCACCACAGCCCAUGUGCCUCCCACCACCACCUUCCCCACCACCACAUGUGAAACAAAACUACUAUUCUGGGGAGAUUGGGCAUGAUGGUCAGGGUUAUGUUAUGGUUGGCAGCAUGAUAACCGUGAUGGCUUUGGGAUUUCCUGUUGAUGCUCGUCUUCUUGAGGGUAAUCCUCUUAUGGUUGAUCAAGCAGCACUGACUGGGGAGUCACUUCUAGUUACUAAGCAUCCAGGGCAAGAAGUGUUCUCUGGAUCAACUUGUAAACAAGGAGAGAUUGAAGCCGUUGUGAUUGCCACUGGUGUGCACACCUUCUUUGGAAAGGCAGCACACUUGGUGGAUAGCACCAACCAAGUUGGACAUUUCCAGAAGGUUCUUACUGCAAUUGGAAACUUCUGCAUCUGUUCCAUUGCGGUUGGUAUGCUGGCUGAGAUCAUAGUGAUGUACCCAAUUCAGCACCGCAAGUACAGGGAUGGAAUUGACAACCUGUUGGUUCUCUUGAUUGGAGGUAUUCCCAUUGCUAUGCCUACUGUGUUGUCUGUGACAAUGACCAUCGGUUCUCACAAGCUCUCUCAGCAAGGUGCCAUCACCAAGAGAAUGACUGCCAUUGAAGAAAUGGCAGGCAUGGAUGUUCUUUGCAGUGACAAAACAAGAACACUCAUCCUCAACAAACUCACUGGCACGACGGCGACCCCAGCGGCAGUCAGUGGCACCGGCGGCACCCAUCUCGCGUUUCUAUGGCGGCGGCUCAUGACGGCGGUGAUGGAGAAACAGUGGCAAUCGACGUUCGAGGGUGGAAGACUCCAACCCUAG